AUGAAGGACCGAAUGAUAGAAAUUCAAGCGGUACAGGCUAACCAAGAUGAUGAAGAACUCGACGAUAAAGGGAUUGAAAUCUCCAUUGAAGAGCCAGUGCCAUUCAUGGAAGACUUCUUUAACCAGGUCGAACAUAUCGAAGGGGAAUUAGAUACUAUCGAAGACAACCUCGCCCAAGUUGCUAAAGCCUACAGCGAUUUCAUAACAAUGCCGAAAGUAACGGAAGAUAAACGCGAAAGUUUAGAGAAGAAUAUGGAAAAUAUUAAAAUUAAGGCCAAAAGAAUCCGUUCACAAUUAAAAGGCUUAGAAGCUACUAUUGGGCAAGAUGAUCAUUCCGCUGAAUUUCGGAUAAAGCAAACACAGGUUACAGCACUUAGUAAUCGUCUAGUUAGUCUUAUGUCCGACUACAAUACUAUGCAAGUGGAACAUCGAGAGAAAUGCAAAGCACGUAUUGUCAGACAGCUAGAAAUAACUGGAAAGACGACCACUGAUGACGAAGUUGAAGAAAUGUUAGAGCAAGGCGAUCUUAAUGUUUUCACUGAUGGUAUGAUGAUCGACAGUAAGGAAGCCAAAAAAGCUUUAGAAGCAAUCGAACAACGAUAUGACGAUAUUAUGAAACUCGAAAAAAGUAUUAAAGAAUUGCAUGACAUGUUUCUUGAUAUGGCCAUGCUAGUUGAAAGCCAAGGCGAAAUGUUAGACAAUAUUGAGCACAAUACUCUUAGUACUGUCGAUUACGUACAAAGAGCAACAACCGAUUUGAGUAAAGCUCAUACCUAUCAAACGGCAGCUCGGAAAAAACUGAUUUGUAUCAUUGUCCUUGUCAUUAUCCUUCUGAUAAUUAUCACCGUCGCUAUUGUUGUACCUACCGUAAACAAUUCUAGUAAUAAUAGCGGUAAUUCAAAUCCCAGCACACAAAGUCCCUAA